AUGAAAUUAGUCGAGGGGGUCCAGGUCCUACUGGACAGGGGCGAUAUUCCCUGGAAGAAGGUAAUUGCGGGGCUUAAUAUUGCGCAGUUUGGAUUCGAGACCUAUCUAGCGACCAGAGAGUAUAAAAAGUUGAACGAGCUUUCACUACCCAGCGAACUGGAGGGCGUUAUUGAUAAAGAAACAAUGCAAAAGACGCAGGCGUACGAGCGGGCCAAGUUACGCUACCGUAUGGUUAGAGAUCUGGUGUUCCUGGGACUAAAUCUGGUAAUGAUUAAGUACGACUGGCUGCCACGGAUGUGGAACCUAGGAGUGGCGGUAGGUCAGCGCAUGCCCGCCAUGCUGGUGCCAGUAUCGACCAUCUCGCAGUCGCUGUACUUUUUGAUCGUCUACCUACAGCUGAACUGGUGGCAGGGGUUGUUUGGGAGCUAUUACUACAACUUUGUGCUCGAGGAAAAAUUCGGGUUCAACAAGUCCACGGUCAAGCUAUGGCUAACGGACCAGCUAAAAGUGUUUAUGAUCUCCUCCAUGAUUACCACUCCUGCAGCCUAUGCGCUGUUGAAGGUAAUUGAAAAGUUCUCGACUGGCUUCGUCAGCUACGUCUCUAUCCUGAUGCUGUUCUUCUAUCUGGUGCUGACUGCUCUUCAGCCAGUUUUUACAGCUUUAUUCAACAAGCUCACCCCGUUGGAAGACGGGGAGCUGAAGACGUCGAUUGUCGAAAUAAGCAAACGAGUCAACUUCCCACUGGACAAAAUCUACCUUUCGGACGGCUCGCGCCGCUCUGCGCACUCAAAUGCGUAUUUCACCGGGCUACCGUUUUUCUCUAAACGGAUCGUACUUUUUGAUACACUAGUCAAUGAUUCCACGGUCGAGGAAGUGGUGGCCGUCAUGGGCCACGAGAUCGGGCACUGGAAGCUUAACCACAUUUCAUAUCGCUUACUUCUUUUGUGGGCCACUUCCGGCUUCACUGUCUCUCUCUUCAGUGCCAUAUACAUGAACACUUCUCUGUACGAGGCAUAUGGUUUCUUUAUCGGAAACAACGCUUCUUCUGACCCAGCGCGUGUUGUCGUGAGCACCGUGCCUGUCAUGAUUGGCUUCAUGCUGUUUAAUGAUCUCUUUCAGCCAGCAGGUGCCGCUUUGCAGUUUAUCACCAAUUGGUAUACUCAGUAUCAGGAACUCCAGGCUGACCAGUUUGCGAAGGAACUGGGCUAUCAAGAUGCUUUAGGCAGCUCGUUAAUAAUGCUCGCCCGUGGUAAUCUCCACACCCCCGAAGGCGAUCCGCUAUACACUGCCUACCACGAUAGCCACCCCUCCACGAUUCGUCGGCUACGUGCCCUGCAGUACAAGCCCGCCAAGAAGCAGUAG